CCCCUGAAUAGUGUUUUACAACAAGGCGAAAGAAAUCCCGUUUCGCUAAUGGUAAAUCAGCAAAACGCCUAACCGCCCUUCCCCAGAGAAACCCCAGGUCCCCAACUAAACUGAGUAAACUCCCAGCACAAAUCCCCGAUGGAAAAGUCAAAACCUCCAGCCGAACAAAGCUAACUGACAAUCUCGUAAUUUACAAUCGGAAUGAGAUAAGGAAAAAAUGAAUCACUUUCAGCUAAAAAACAGAUACAGGUAGCAGUGGAUAAAAGAGGGAAAUUCAAGUUCAAAAAUCCAGUGCUUUUGUGUCCUCAAAAUAACGCCUGCUCUCUAGAUUCAUGGAAGACGAUGCCCAGAAAAUGCUCUCGCUGAAGAAGGCGUACGCGGAGAUAAUCCUGAACACGGCAAAGGAGGCCGCAACGCGUGUAAUGGCGUCGGAGCGGAAAGCUCUCCGCUUUCAGCAGGAUUUGCGUGCCACCAAGGACGAGGCGCUCCGAAUGCUCGUCCGCUUGAAGCAAACGUUCGACUCCAAGACAACUGAAGCGGAAAUGGCAUCCUUAAUCCAGCAGGGAAGGAUAGAAGAGCUUGAAGCACAGCUCAAUGAGGCUGAGGAUGUGAUAGCAGGUCUUAGGACAGAUUUGAAACAGGUAUGGGGUGCAUUGGAGAAGGUGAAAAGUAACCAAGCGCAACCUUUAAAUGGACAAAUAAAAAAGGCACCUUCUCAUGAAAGUGCAGCAUCUGAGUCCAUCAGACCCAAUCUUUUAAACGCAGGAUUUGAAACCAUGACAAUUUCUGACAUGAAGAAUGCACCAUUGAAUGAGAGAAUUUCAGUUGAGGAGUGCUGUAAUACAACAAAAGAAACUGAACAAGUGUUGGAUAAUUAUUACGCCAAUAAAUCUGAUUUUGCCUCCAUAAUCAUGAAAAUUGAGGAACCUGAGCUGUAUAGAAAAGGACUUACACAGAGAGUUUGUGCAUUUGAAAGAGACUUCCUGGAUGGAGAAGUGCCUCCUUCUAGAGAUGAAAUUGAUCGACAUUCUCUAAAAAAGAAUGAGUUGAUCUCUAAAGUGAGUGAGAAGGAUGAAGUAAAAUGUCUUGAACCCUCUACUAUGACAAGCGACACAGAAAUGGUGAAUUCCUCAAUUGGUGAAGAAGUAAAUAACCGAAUUAAGAUCAGCACAUCACAAAGAAGAAAGAUACGAUUUGGGAAAGCCAAAGCUACUUCAUGGAUGUCUGGUCCCAGUCCUGUUCAGGUCAUGAAACUUUGUCAACCAUCUUCAUUUCUUUCAUGUUGUAAUGCGUAUUCAGUCAACAGGAAUGUUAAAUCUGCUGAGAGCUCCUGUACUCUUCUGUCUAUCAACACAGAAAAAGGGGAAGUUUGCCAAGGGAAAGGAAAAGAGGAGAUGAAAAUUAGGGAUGCCACUGCGUCAGUCAGGUCUCCUUCUGAUCAGCUUAACAAACAUUGUCAGCUAUCUUAUGUUCUCCCCCACUGCAGAACAUCUUCAUAUUCAACGAAUGGAAAUGUCAAAACUGGCGACGAGGGGUUGAAAAUAAAUGAAACUGAAUCAAAGAUAAAGCCAUUGACCCGUUUGGAUCCAGGAUUGACGUUAAUCACACGUGAUGUAGAUCCUAGAUCAGGCUCUGCUAAUAUUACUGUGCAUAUUAAGGCAAGUAAUGAAUCCGGAGUUGUCAAGAAUGUAGGGCAGAAGGACAUGGAGUUGGGAGAUGAGUCUGCCUUGGUAGAACAUGAAGGUAGUGCUGCAGAGAAAUUGAUGAACCCAAGCUCAGAGUUGAACCUUGGGAUGGUCAACAAAUCACUGAUGAACGCUAAUUUGAAAGAUGCUGAAGCAUCUGAAGAAAGCAAUGGUUCUCCUAGUCAAGCAGCCUGCAACAGGCUUCUCAGGUACACCUUUCAGAGGAAACGCAAGAAGGAAUUCUUGAGCAAACCUGAGGAAGAUAUUUCUCUUGAAAGCAGCACCACUAAGAGGAGGUUGGGAGAGAACCAAAGUGAUACCCAAAAACUACAAAACUCUAACUUAAUCAAUGACUCAUCUAGAGACAGUCGUCGACUAGCUCAGGUUGCUCGUCAGCUAAUUUCUUUGUCCGGAAAAAGAUGGCGGUAGUAAAGGCAACCGUUUCUUACAUCCAAAUUCCAACUAGUGUAAAGUUGGAUAUCAUUGGUCAUUCAAGAAACAUAACCUUAAUUUGGGAGAUAAUUGAGGUUCUCAAGAAAAUGCUUUUUGUGAAGGAAUCUGAUAGUUUUCUGCUGGUUGCACGCAGAGAGAGGGAGAGAGAGAGAGGGAGAGAUUCGGCAUUAAUGUUUAUAGUUUGGAGUCUUUAGACACCAAUUUUUGUCGACAGGAGAGAUUUUACGCCGUUGGAUGUCCAUGCUUAACUUGAAUUCUUGUUUUUUAUUUUUUAUUUUUUGGUAUAACCAGCUUUAAGUUAGUUUUGCUCCUUUUUUUAAUAUAUUCUCCUUUCCAUCUAAA